AUUUUCUGUUCUCCUUUAUAUAUUACAGAUAUGUCAAAUACUGUACUGGAAAAGGGCUACAUUUGAAUGAAACUGCUUUGAAAAGCACACUGCACCAUCCAAAGACCAAAAGGAAUACUAACAUAUAAACAUUAAUUACGUGGACGCAAUGACAGGGAAACACAAGCAACCAGUACCCGGAAACACACGAGGAGGCUACAAACUCACAGCGGUCUUCCUUACGCAAUUCACAAACGUGAGGAAUCGGUUCAUUUGGAUCAACCGAUUAAUUCGAGUCAUUCUGUUUGUACUCGCCACAACAAUUCAACAAGGAGGGCGCAUUUACGUCAUGGUUCCCAGUCCACGAACCAAGGAUACCAAGUACAUUUACACACUUUUUAGUACUGCUUAAAAUGUAGAUUACAUUUUUUGUUGUUGUUCAUAAUUGGUGGUUUCGAGAUGUCACACACGUCGGGUUUACUCCAUCAGAGUCCAGGCCUCAUAAACAUUCAUCGUUUAUAAUAGAAUAGAUUAAGUUAACAGGAAUUCUGUUCACUACGGUUGUGAUUCAAAUGCGAGUCGAUUCGACUGAAUCAUUCGACCGAACUUGAUCAAAAGAACCGGACCAUCGCUAACACGACAGGCGGCCAAAGGUUACACCGCGGCGCGCAGCGGUGGCUCCGGAGAUAACCGGUGCCUGGACCAACCAUAGACUUCCUGCCCUCUUGUUUAUUACACUUCACCUCCUUCGCACGAGAUUACGAAAACGAAUAGAAGGAGGAUCGCAAAAGUUGCUCAAAUGUGUGACUGGUACGUGGUAUCUGAUGUAGGCUGGGUUUGAGUCGCUCCACUCCACCGCUGGCCUUGGAUCCUUUCUCGACGCCCGAGGUGCUGCAUGGCCGCGAGUAUGGAUGCCCUGUGGAUGCUGCCGGUUCUGCUGCUUCUCCCGGUCCUGUUCUGGACCAGCAGCACGUUCGUCUUCUAUUUCAAAAAGUGCUUCUAUGUCGCCUACAUGAUGCUUCUGGCCUUAAUAGCCAUACCGACCUGCAUUCUGAAAAGCGGCGGGAGGGACAUCGAGAAUAUGCGGGUCAUCCGGUUCUUGGUCCGACAUGUGAAAUAUUUCCUGGGUUUGCGCUAUGAGAUCAGCGGUUGGCAACAUCUACAGACAGAAGGCCCUUAUGUCAUCAUCUCCAACCACCAAUCAUCACUUGACGUGCUAGGCAUGAUGGAGAUUCUGCCGGAUCGCUGUACCAUGAUUGCUAAGAAGGAGCUGAUAUGGGCGGGGACGGUGGGAAUGAUCUGCUGGCUGGGAGGAAUCGUUUUCAUCAACCGCAAAAAGACCAGCGAUGCAAAGAACGUCAUGGGCGACGCCGCGAAGACCGUGCUUGCUGACCAGAUCCGCCUGUGGGUGUUUCCCGAAGGCACACGCAAUCAGAAGGGCGACCUUUUGCCAUUUAAAAAGGGAGCGUUUCAUCUGGCUGUACAAGCACAGGUUCCUAUCAUACCCAUCGUGUUCUCCUCCUACAACAACUUCUACAAACGGAAAGAGAAAGAGUUCAAUUCAGGAACCAUCAUUCUCAAAGUCCUUCCAAAGAUCGAGACAAAGGGAUUGACGGGAGAGGACGUGACAAGGCUCUCCGACCAAUCGUACGGCAUUAUGCGCACUGCUUUUUUGGAGAUCUCCGGCCUACCCCCCCAGAGCAACGGGCCGUCCAAUCACUGAGCGCCCUGCCGCUUACACGCUCUUUCAUUUGGCCUGACAGCGAGGAUGGCUACGCCAUCAUGGUGGCGACGAUAACCAUGACAACCAGGCGCUUGGUUAUCCUCUACGGCGUCCUCAUGCAGGAGGAAUACAUGUUCACAGACCUACACAGAAAGCCACAUGCAUACACACGCAUUUACGUGAAUACAUACAGCAGAUGUUUUCUUAGCCUAGAUUUGAUCUCCUGUCGGAAUGCAGGGGGCGAUGAGCGGUGGAAAGUGUGACCUUUGACCUUCGCUGGCGUGACUCUUGGUGCGUCUUUGAUGGUUGUGUUAGGAUUGGAGCGCUGCUGUCGGCGACAGGUCGAGACUGGAAUGACACCCUGAGAACAUUGUGGAUGUGUGUUUGUUCUGCAUGCCUUUUGACUUUCUCGGUUUCUCUCUCGCUCUCUUUCUUUCAUAGAUCUACAUCGACGUAAUCCGUUAGUUAUGUUUGGUCACUUUUUCUCAUGAAAUCAGCUUGCAUUAUGGGAAAUCAGUUACCAACACCUGUUUUUAUUGGUUACUCGAAGUAUUAUCAUUCCACCCUGAGCAUCUCAGCCAAUGGGAGUGCUCAAACCACCCUGAGCAUCUCAGCCAAUGGAAGCACUCAAAGGUGUCGCUUUAUUUUUUCAAUUCGUUUUGCAAAUUUAUAUGAAAAUUAUCGACCUGAAAGAAUGAAUUUAGAUUUGUAUUUUUGUGUACGCUCUUAAACAGUCAAGAGGAAUACCAAGAGGUUGCUCGCUUUCAUCUUUUCUUUUUCCACAUUUGUUUGUCCUCAAAAGUGUCAAAAGGUUAGUUUGUUACAAACAGGUCUGUUGUCAGGGUUACCAAGUGCAGCUUCUUCCUGUGCCAUUUGUCCAAAGUGUCACGGCCAUCAUGGGCUGCGUGAUGACGGACCGUUGUAAAAACACUAUUGAUUAUUGAUCUGUGAUCAGGAUUGUUUGAUUCGAUUUUAGGAUGGAAAUGCGUCGGCUUUAGUUCAGUGUUUCGUUUUUUUUCAAAGUUUCUCUGUUUUUGAUCGUUUUUAAACUUCUACAUGACUGAAAUGAUAUUCAUACUUCUUUAACAUCACCUAAAACCAGAGAGCUACUAUUAUAAUGACUGAUCUAACAAGUAUUAUCUAACAUAUUAUCUAUCCAGUGCCGUUAUCUCAAUGGAUUGCUUCUUGCUUUUAAGUCCUUGUUAUUGAAAGGUUUAAGGGAUUCUUUUUUUUUACUCAAAAUCUAAAAACGGCCCAUACAAAAUAUGCAAAAGCUCAGAUUGCAUUCAACGUUAUUCUUACAGAAUGUUUUUCUCGCUUGUUUAGUUUUGUUGAAUCACCUGAUAAAAUUGUCAACACAUUUACUAAAGUUUCAGCUCUCAGAGAGCAUAACAGAAUUUAGGAAAUACUUUUAUAUUGUACCUACUGAAAAUGUAAAAACGAAUCUAAACACCUAUUUAUUAACAUUUUACGGCCAAAUAUUACAAUUAAUAUUUAUAACACGUUCAAAGACAUUGCCAUGUGAAUCCUAUUUAAUGUUUGAUGUUGUGAUUCUUAUUAUUUGUUGAGAAUGUAUACCAUCCAUAAUUCAAUAUGUACAACCUUAUUUGAGGACUGAAUUGUACGUAUUAUGUAAUAAUUGGCUCAUUGAGCUAAAAGAUCACAAAACCGGUGUUUGGCUCGGUUGUGACUAUGUGUCAAAUGCCCCUUUGAUUAUUUUUGUUAUUAGUGCAAAUUGACAGAUCAAUGCUAUUAUUGACCCUUUUUUAUGUUGUGUAUUAGGCUACAUUUUCAAAGCCUUUAUUAUUCUUGGUCUUAUUUUUGCUGAACAAGAAACAUACCUGAAAUAGUAUAUGGAAAAUAUGUACAAGUUGUGUGAUUGUCACCAAAGCUAUUAAGAACAGAUUGAAGCUUUUAAAUGUUCUGGUUUGUCAGACGUUUCACAGGAAGCCUUGUGUACGAAUGUGUGUGUGUGUGUGUGUGUGUGUGUGUGUGUUGAAUGUGUUUGUGUGAUGAUCAGACACACAACUGAGCUAAAGCCCAUUGUAAAUCUGUAAAGUCAUGAGACGAUAAUUCUAUAUAAAAUGUUGAUUGUGGUAACUCUGGAUAUGACCCGUGUUAAGAGCAUCUAGGAAAAAAGUGAAUAAAAUCGUCUGUUUUCCUAUA